CAAGUGCGAGGCAGGCGGCGGGCGCGGGACUGGCCGCUGCGCGUGCGGGCGAGCGCGUGGGCGGCGCGGCGGCCACUCCGCCAUGUACACCAUCACCAAGGGGCCCAGCAAGCUGGUCGCGCAGCGCCGCACAGGUCCCUCGCAGCAGCAGGUGGAGAGCAGACUCGGCGAGCUCCUGAAAUGCCGGCAGCCCGCGCCGCCGGCCCUGCAGCCCCCGCGGGCGCAGCCCUCCGCGCAGCAGCCCGGACCCUGGCCCCUGUCGAGUCCGGGGCCCAGGCUGGUGUUCAAUCGUGUGAACGGCCGGCGGCCCCACGCCACGUCCCCGUCCCUGGAGGGCACUCAGGAGACCUACACGCUGGCCCACGAGGAGAACGUCCGCUUUGUGUCCGAAGCCUGGCAGCAGGUGGAGCGGCAGCUGGACGGCGGCCGGGCCGGGGAGCGUGGGUCCAGGCCUGUGCAGUACGUGGAGCGGAGCCCCAACCCACGGCUGCAGAACUUUGUGCCGAUUGACCUGGAUGAGUGGUGGGCACAGCAGUUCCUGGCCAGAAUCACCAACUGCUCCUAGCAGCCGCCUGGGAGGGCGCGCGGGGCCCCGGGACCCCAGCCUCGCGCCGGCCACACCGCAAGUGCCAGCAUCCGGACUCUCGAACCUCUGUCCCCUGGCUCCGCCGUCCUGAGCCGCCUGGGGCUGGGGCUGAACUGACCUCGAUCCUGUCCAGUGUGCACAGGGACCAGCUCUGGAGCCGGCAGGGAGAGGCUCCAGGCUAAUAAAGUUGAGAAAGUGCC